AAAGGAUGCAGGAAAUUCUGUUGUUUACACAUGUGUCUGUUACACUGAGAAGCAAGAGAAGCCCAGCAAACUGAGAGGGUACAGAGCUGGGAUCAUCUAUCCAUACUGAAAAGUGCAUGCCUAUCAAAGUUCAGCCUAUCAUAAAAUGAUUAGAAAUGUAAGGAACCACCAGCUUACUGUAGAAGCCUACUUCAAUUAUUACAGCUGAGUGAAAUUAGGUGAUGAAUCAAAACAUGAAUUUAGACUCCACUCAGAAACAAAUGGAAGAGACAGAGGUUUUUGGGACCCAACCAACAGAACCUGAUAAAUUAGAUAGAUGUUGGCAACCUGGUGACCAUCUCUGUCAUUCAAAUAUUCCAUCUCAAAGUUUCUAUCCAAAUUCACCUCAUUAUGCACAUAUGAAUGCUAGUUACAGCAGUGAUUGGGAAAUUUUUGAAGCAGUAAAAAUUCAGGAACUGGAGGAAGUCAAAGCCAGAGCUGCCCAAAUGGAGAAGACCAUGCGCUGGUGGUCAGAUUGCACUGCCAACUGGAGGGAGAAAUGGAGCAAAGUUAGAGGAGAAAGAAAUAAAGCACGAGAGGAAGCAAGACAACUGAGAAUCAAAUUAGACAGUAUGAUAAAAGAGCUAAGUGUGCUUAAAAAAAUAAAUCAGGACUUAGUAACUGAGAAAGAAAACUUAGAAAAUGGAACUGCUUGGAAAACGGAAUGCCAUUGCUCAGAAAUAUCCUGUAUUAAAAAGGACCAAAACCUGUCAAUGUUUCUGGAGCCAGAACCUACAAAAGACUUAAACAAAAUCUUCAAAAUUCCUGGGGCAGAAGACACGAAGGAGGAUGUAAACAAAGACCAAAACAAUGACAAUAAAAAAAUCAGUCCAAAGCCUCCUGAUUUCUUCCCCAGUGGACUUCCCAGCAUCUAUUUGGAGGAACCUAAAAUAAGUUUGGACAGUACAGCUAAGACAACAGAGAAUGAUUUAAUACAUGUAUCAGUCUUAAAUUUGCAUUUGGCUGAGAUGAGAAAAAUCUUACAGAAGGAAAGAGAAAUGAAUGUAUUUCUGGAGAGAGAAAUGGAAAAGAUGGAAAAUGAAUUAUUUCUUUGGAAAUGGAAAUAUGAAGAACUGAGACAAAUCAAGCUGGAAAGUCUGAAACAGCUGGAAAGAAUGCAGUGCGAGAGUGCCUCUGAAUGGGGAAAGAGAGAGCGACUAGAAGCAGAAAAACAAAGUUUGGAAGAAGAGACCAGAAAACAAAAAAUGCAGAGUAAAGAGGUGGAAGAAAGUGAACACGGGAUUUGGGACCAGACAAAGUUCCUUGUUUGUUGUUGGAGAUUCUACCACAACAGUGAGUGAAGAUAUGGGAGAUCACCAAAAAGCCCUGCAGCUACAAGGCUAACAGCAAAGAGGAGAAGCAAACAUUGUUCAUAGAGACAUACAAGAAAAUUUCAUUGAAGAAGGGCAUGUCAGAUAGAUAUAGGAAUACUGUGUGCACUGUUUCUCUGUAUUCCUGAUUUUUAUAAGAACCAAGGAAAAUAUGCUAGAGUCAGGAUGCACCUAUUUAGAAGUUAUGUUGGCUAUUGUCAUUCCUUUCCAGUUGUUCUAGUUGUUUCUCUUCUAAAGCAAAAGGUGGACUUUAAUUAAAUUGUCCCAUAUUUUCCUUGGGGAAAAGGACUUUAGAAUGUGCAUGGUAUAUGAGAGAGGUUCACAUUCUGCCCUGGGAAGGCAUUGAAUCUGAAAUGGAAGUCAGUGGUUUGUUUCUUGUUUUUCUGGUGUGUUUUACUUUCACUGAAGUUCAGUAAAAACAGUGGAAAAAAUAUCUAUAUCACAGGACCCCCAGUUCUACCA